UAUCAACCUUCAACCUCUCCUAUCCUCUAUCUCAACCCUACAGUAAGAUUCGAAAAAUAGUUUGGAUUACCAUUACCCUCCGGAAAUGGACAAUUGCGAGUCACCGAAGGAGCUGCUCAUUGAGAUCUUGGUGAAUUUGCCCGUAAAAUCUCUUAUGCGUUUUAAAUGCGUGUGCAAAUACUUUAAUUUUAUGGAAAGGAUUUAAAUCACAAGCUCCUUACAAUCACCUAUUAUUCCACAAAUUGUAUGAAGUGAAUAGAGAGAAAUACGAAUGUGCUAUUAUAGAGAUGACUUGUGGAGAUCAUGGCCAACCUAACAAACUGUUCAAUUUGCUUUACAAAGGAUCGGAGUCUGAUGACAUAGUUUGCACAUACGUAGAAUUUCCAAAUUGCCUUGCAAGGCUUGUAAGUGUUUGCAAUGGAUUGGUAUGUUUUGUUCUGGGUAAGGAUCAGCGGACGAUAACUAUGUUUGGUGGUAUUUUUGCUACGAAAUCCGAUUAUUUCGAUGUAAUGAUAUGGAACCCAUUCACAAGGGAAAUCAAGGCAUUACCGUCCUUUACUGUGCCUUACGAAAAAUUCCCUGAAAUAUUACCAUACCACAGUCUUAUGUAGGAAGGGAUUGGGUUUGGGGUUUCGAACAACAGCAUGACUUGGAAAGUUGUCGUGCUAUGGUGUGUUGAAGAUUCAUAUGAAAAGAGAAAUAGAGAAUAUGUGAAUUCGCGCGGAAGGGUUUGCAGCCAAUCUCGUGAUGGUUCAUGGAGCUGGAGACAAAUUGAUGCUCUGUCAAACGUGCUCGUAAGCUAGCUUGCGUGAUGAUUUUUAUUUUAAUGGGAAAUACUAUUGGCGGGUACAAAUAAUUGAUGACCCUGAUUCAGUACAACCACCUUUCUCUCAAGAGCGGUUGCUAUGGUUCGACUUCGAAGAUGAAGUUUUUGUGACAAUUGAGUUGCCAACCACAUGGAAAGGAUUUAAAUCACAAACUCCUUACAUGAGUAAAACAACACAUCUCUUCACUUAUUCAGGGCGCAUUGAAGACGAGGAUUUGAUGGACGAGACUAUAAAAGAGGAAGAUGCAAAAGUUCAUUCAAGCUAACGGCUAGAAGCCCAAAACCUUUUUUGCACCAGGACAGGAAGUUCCACCAAACUACUAAAAGUUAGAUUCAAAUUGCAUGACAUUGGUUGUUAGCUCUCUCAUGGUUUUUGCAUUGACAUUUGAAAGGGUGGGACUUAGUAACGGCUAGCUGUCACAUAACAUCAUGCUCUUAAAGAGAGGCUUUAGGGAUCACACAGGUGAGGUCCUACUUCUUACUCAGAGUAAUACCUUGUAAUCACAGAGAAAUUCCAAUUUUUGCAAACGGUAUUCUCAAAUUUCACCUAAACUUAAGCCGGUUUUCCUAUGAAAUGCUGCCAUUGCUGCUAUCAUUGCCCAAUGAACUCAUUUUUGAAAUCCUCACGAGAUUACCCGUAAAAUCUGUGAUUCGUUUCACUACAGUGAGUAAGUCAUGGUUCUCUAUCCUGACGAAUUCCGGAUUCGUCUCAGCACACUUGUCUAAAAGAGCUGCCGAUCAAUUCCGAUCUUCUGUAUAACUAAGGGUGAUUUAAAUACUCGUUUUGCUCUUAUCAAAGAUGGUGAAAAUCUGGACGACAAUCUCACUCUACAACUUGGACCAAUCGUCAAACCUGAUAGGGAAUUCCCAAUUAGGUUUUCGGGUCCUUUCAAUCAAAAGGAUUCGAGGGUGCUCGAAAUCGUGGGCAGCUUCGACGGAUUGCUUUGUUUAUGCUUUACCCAUCCACAUUCUCACUUGUUAAUUACGUGAUGGAAUCCUUCUAUUCGAAGACACGUGGUAUUACCACCUCCCUCCAUUCUUCCUCCAAGGUCAAGUAGUUGUCAAAUCGGAUUUUGUGUUGCAAGUGACGGUGACUAUAGAGUUGUGAGGGUCAAUAAAAAUGAUGGGGUUAAUCCUAUGUCAGUUGAAAUCUACUCUUUGAGUUCAGGUAAGUGGCGGAUUCAACAAUUCCUUCAUGAUUUGUUUCCUACAAGGUGGUUGUUUAGUGGUCAGGCUUUUGUAAACGGCAUGAUGCAUUUGAAGAAUUCAAUUCCUAAUUUCCCUGAAGUUUCCUCCAUGUGCAAGAAUGACAAAGGGAGCUUCCAUACACCUAGGAGUGACCUUCCUUCCAACCACCAUUGAAGCUUCCUUCCACCUUCAUACUACCUUAUUUUGGUACUAUAAAUAGAGAGCUUGGAGAGUCUUUCUAUCAUCAAGUAAAUUAGAAUAGAUCAUCAUAGCACAACCAAGAAGAGUUGUGAAUAUCCUUGAGAGAUAUGUGAGGUGUUUUGAGAGUUUUUAGUUAAAGCUUGUAUGUCUCUUCUUUCUAUUCUUGAAAGUAAUAGAAGUGUUUUUCUCUCAUAUAAGCACGAUCCUGUUAUUCCCAACAAGUGGUAUCAGAGCCUGGUUGAGCUUUUGAUAUUUUUCCCAGAUUUUUUUUUCAGAUAAAAUUCUACUGUCUGAAAAAUCGAGUUUUUCAGUAUUGCUCGGAAUUGCAAUCUGAAUAUACCGUUGGAUUCGUCUCGUCGAGACGAGAAAACUGGUAUUUUUGGGGAUUUUUUUGACCACCGGAAGCUGCCAUACGCGCCGCCAAACGCCGGCCAAAAACUGCCUGCGUCAUGCUGACGUCAUCACGCGCAGACAGAGGUUGAAGACAGCUGACGUCAUCGAUGACGUCAUCAGCCAGCCAGAGCUGCGUCAGCGACACUUCAGCGCCACAUCACCAGUCAACUGCCAACUUUCACCAGCGCCCAGUCAGCUGCCACGUCAUCGCCCAGUCACCGCCACGUCACUGCCACGUCAUCUGCCACGUCACCGGUCAGUUUGUAAUUUUUGAAAAUUUGCAGUUUGGUCCCUCAAUUUUUGGAAAAUUAUAAUUUCCACCUAUAAUUUUUCGAAAAUUGUAUUUUGACCCCGAAAGUGCCUACCCACCACUUUCGGCCGUUCCGGACGCAACGGUGCUGCCCGUUUUUCAAAAUUCGGCUCCGAUUUUUCUGAAACAGAAAAUCAAAAUUAUUUAGAAGGUGAAAAUGACCUUUGACGAGUCAACUUCAUCUUCCGGAGCUAUGAUUAUGCUCACGGCUACCAACUACACGCUAUGGAAACCUCGGAUGGAAGAUUUCCUUAGUUGUAAAGACCUUUUUGAUCCAAUAGAGAUGAAAGGUAUUAAUUCUGAUCCGGCCAAGUCAACGGAGUGGAAGAAAAUAAAUAGAAAAACUAUUGGUCAAAUCCGACAAUGGAUUGACCAUAGUGUCUUCCACCAUGUUUCACAAGAAACCGAUGCUUAUGCCCUUUGGAAAAAGUUAGAAGAUAUGUACCAGGCCAAGACCGCUAGGAACAAGGCCCUACUGAUGAGGCGUCUUGUCAAUAUGAAGCUCAAAAGUGGAACUUCUGUUGCCGAACAUACUAGUCAAUUUCAGAGUCUGGUAAAUCAACUAUCUUGUGUAGAAAUGCCACUUGGAGAUGAAAUGCAAUCUCUACUGCUUCUUAGUUCCCUUCCUGAUAGUUGGGAGACACUAGUUGUUACUCUCAGCAACUCAGCCCCAGAUGGCAAACUUACCAUGUCUGUGGUCAAGGAUGCACUGUUCAAUGAGGAGGCAAGAAGGAAAGACAUGAGCACAGAUGAGACUCAUGCCCUUGUGACGGAGAAUAGAGGAAGAUCACAAGGAAAACAACAAAGAAACAGUAGAGGGAAAUGGCAAAGCAGAGGCAAAAGUCGGGGGAGAUCAUCGGAUGGCCGGAAACCUUCUUAUACCUGCCACCAUUGCGGUAUAGAGGGUCACAUGAAGAAGAAUUGCUACAAAUUGCUAGAGGAGCGAGGCAAGAGCAAUUCUCAAGCGAAGAACAAGGGUGGUGAAGCGCUCAUCACAAUCUCAGGUGAUGUGGCGUAUUGUACUAUCAAUGAUGAAGCAUGCCUUCACGUCUCAAGAGAGGACACUGAAUGGGUGGUAGAUACUGCAGCAUCCUACCACGUUACUCCCCACAGGUACUACUUCACAACUUACAAAGCUGGAGACUUUGGAGCAGUGAAGAUGGGCAAUUCCAGUUCAUCUGAAAUAGCUGGAAUUGGUGAUGUACAAAUAAAGACGAGUUCUGGGAGCACAAUCACUUUGAAGGAUAUCAGACAUGUUCCAGACCUUCGUCUCAAUCUCUUGUCAGUGGUAUGUCUUGACGAACAGGGGUAUGAAAACCACUUUAACAGGGGCACCUGGAAAAUGUCAAAGUGCGUUUUGACAAUCGCUCGAGGACAUGUUUGUGGCCAUUGUACAAAACCCAUUUGAGGAUUUGUACGGAUAGCCUCAACAUUGCUGAGGAGACUUCUCAGAAUCUGUGGCACCUGAGACUCGGCCACAUCGGUGAGAAAGGGCUGACUACCUUGAUCAAGAAGAACCUUAUCAACAUCGACAAGAAUGCUGCACUGGGUCCUUGCAGUCAUUGUCUGUUUGGUAAGCAUCAUAGAGUAUCAUUUAGUUCUACUUCAGCUAAAAGAUCAGAGUUGUUAAGUUUGGUACACUCCGACGUCUGUGGUCCUUUCGAGGUGGAAUCAAUCGGUGGAAGCAGAUAUUUUCUGACUUUUAUUGAUGAUGCUUCUCGGAAAGUGUGGGUGUAUUUCCUGAUUACGAAAGAUCAGGUAUUUGAGUGCUUCAAGACAUUUCACGUCUUGGUGGAACGUGAAACGGGAAAGAAGCUGAAAUGUCUCCGAUCUGAUAAUGGAGGCGAGUAUACUUCUAAGGCGUUCGAUGCAUAUUGUAGAGAAUAUGGCAUUCGACAUGAGAAGACAGUACCACGCACCCCUCAGCACAACGGCAUUGUUGAAAGAAUGAACCGGACUAUCAUGGAGCGUGUCCGGAGCAUGCUGAAUAUGGCUAAGCUUCCGAAGUCAUUCUGGGCAGAAGCAGUCAACACCGCAUGCUACCUUAUCAACCGAUCAGCUUCGGUACCACUGAACUUUGAAGUUCCAGAGAGGUUAUGGACAGGUAAGGAUCCUACAUACUCACAUCUUAGAGUAUUUGGUUGUUCAUCAUAUGCACAUGUAUCCAAAGAGCUCAGGCAGAAGCUCGAUGCAAGAACUAUCCCAUGCAUUUUCGUUGGCUAUGGAAAUGAAGAGUUUGGAUACAGGUUAUGGGAUCCUAAGGAGAAAAAGGUGUUCAGAAGUAGGGACGUUGUGUUCCACGAAGAUUUGACAAUAGAAGACAUUGAAAAACCCACAAUGUCUCGGAAGUCAAAUGAGGGUGCUCAAGUUUCAAAUGAAGCACCAGAAGAGGACGAAGUGCAUGAAGAUAACUCAGAAGCAGCCGAAGAGGAGGAGACAGAAGAGAGUGCAGAGCAAGGGGAGACACAAUCCACCCCGCCAGACACAGAUGAUGGUAGCUCUUCUCAGAUGGUUCCAACUGUUCGUAGAUCUGAACGAGGGCAUAUACCAUCGACAAGGUACACAUCAUCUGAAUAUCUUUUGUUAACUGAAGAUGGAGAACCGGAGAGUUUUCAAGAAGCUAUGUCUCACAAGGAUAAAGAAAAAUGGCUAAUAGCAAUGCAGGAUGAGUUAGAAUCUCUACAGAAAAAUCAAACCUAUGAGAUCGUAGAACUUCCUAAAGGGAAGAAAGCUCUAAGGAAUAAAUGGGUGUUCAAGCUGAAGAAGGAUGCAAAUGGACAAGUGGUGAAACACAAAGCUCAGUUGGUUGUCAAAGGGUUCCAGCAGAAGAAAGGAAUUGACUUUGAUGAGAUCUUUGCACCAGUUGUCAAGAUGACCUCAAUCCGAGUUAUACUUGGCUUGGCAGCAAGUAUGAACUUGGAGCUUGAACAAAUGGAUGUGAAGACAGCAUUUCUUCACGGAGAUUUGAAAGAAGAAAUCUACAUGCAGCAGCCGGAAGGUUUUGAGAACUCAAAUGAUAAUUUUGUUUGUAAAUUAUCUAAAAGUUUGUAUGGCUUGAAGCAGGCACCAAGGCAGUGGAAUAAGAAGUUUGACUCAUGCAUGAAGAGUCAAGGCUACAAGAAGACUACUGCAGAUGAGUGUGUAUACAUCAAGAAACUUCCAGACGGUACCUUCAUUGCUCUUCUACUAUAUGUAGACGACAUGUUGAUCGUUGGGAAAGAUGCAGUGAAGAUAAACCAACUGAAGAAAGAACUCUCUAAGUCUUUUGAUAUGAAAGACUUAGGACCGGCUCAACAGAUUCUUGGGAUGCAGAUCACUCGAGACAGGAAGAAUCGCAAGUUAUGGCUAUCUCAGGAGAAGUACAUUGAACGAGUACUUGAGAGAUUCAACAUGAAUGAUGCCAAGCCAGUAAGUGUUCCACUUGCGAAUCACUUCAAGUUGAGCAAAAGAACAUGCCCUACAUCCAAGGAAGAGAUCGGGGAGAUGUCAGCAGUUCCAUAUUCUUCAGCAGUUGGGAGUUUGAUGUACGCCAUGGUAUGCACAAGGCCAGACAUCGCACAGGCAGUGGGUACAGUGAGUCGUUUUCUCUCUAACCCCGGGAAGGAGCAUUGGGAGGCAGUCAAAUGGAUUCUCAGGUAUUUGAAAGGUACCACGAAGUUAUGUCUUUGUUACGGAGGAGCUGAUCCAGUCUUGGAAGGCUACACAGAUGCUGAUAUGGCCGGAGAUACUGAUAGUAGAAAGUCUACUUCAGGAUAUAUUUACACUUUUGCAGGGGGAGCCGUUUCUUGGCAAUCAAGAUUGCAGAAGUGUGUUGCUUUAUCUACAACAGAAACAGAAUACAUUGCUGCCGCUGAAGCAGGUAAGGAAAUGUUGUGGUUAAAGCGUUUUCUCCAAGAACUUGGGAUCCAGCAGAAAGAGUACAAGGUACAUUGUGACAGUCAGAGUGCUCUAGACUUGAGCAAGAACUCUAUGUACCAUUCUCGUACAAAGCAUAUUGACAUUCGGUAUCACUGGAUACGGGAGACGAUUGAUCAACAACUGUUGAGACUAGUGAAGAUCAAUACAAAGGAGAAUCCAUCAGACAUGCUGACGAAGGUGGUGACACGGGAUAAGCUAGAGCUGUGCAGAGACAUAGUCGGGAUGCUUGUUUUGAAUAUGCCUGGAAGGGGAUAAUUGAAGAAUUCAAUUUCCAGGUCAUAUCCAAGUACAAAUUGAAGAAUUCAAUUCCUAAUUUCCCUGAAGUUUCCUCCAUGUGCAAGAAUGACAAAGGGAGCUUCCAUACACCUAGGAGUGACCUUCCUUCCAACCACCAUUGAAGCUUCCUUCCACCUUCAUACUACCUUAUUUUGGUACUAUAAAUAGAGAGCUUGGAGAGUCUUUCUAUCAUCAAGUAAAUUAGAAUAGAUCAUCAUAGCACAACCAAGAAGAGUUGUGAAUAUCCUUGAGAGAUAUGUGAGGUGUUUUGAGAGUUUUUAGUUAGAGCUUGUAUGUCUCUUCUUUCUAUUCUUGAAAGUAAUAGAAGUGUUUUUCUCUCAUAUAAGCACGAUCCUGUUAUUCCCAACAGCAUUGGGUUGGAUAUGUUGAAUAUGAGGAUGAUGCAUUGGUGAAAACCACCAAGCCAAAUGUGAUUGUUUCGGGCUAAGUAGCACGGAAACACAAAGCGGGUAACGUAAAACAAGAAACAGGAAACACGAGAAAUGUAAUUUCUAAAAUAUAUAGGACACGAAACAUGGGGGAAACAUGUAAAUAUUAUAAAAUAUAAGGAUAUAUUUAUAAAUAUUUUAUAAUAUAUGUACACAAGUUUUUCCAUAAGCACAUGUUUUUUUCAUAUAAUUUGUUUAGUAACCAAAUAAUAAUAUCACUCUACAUGUUCGAAUUUAGAUAUUACUUAAUAUUAGUACAUAAUUAAACAUAAAAUGCACGGAGUAAUACAUUUCUAGCAAUAUAUUGCGUUACGAAAUGUAACAUGUGUUGCUGCUGAGAAAUACCACAAAAAUUCGCUAUAAAAAAAAUUAUUUUCCACCACAGAAUCUUUAAAAAAGGAAAAAAAAAUUGGAAUCCGAGGUUUCUGAAACGUAGUGAAUUGAAACGAGUUUCCAAAUUUUUAUUAAUUACGGAAACGGCCCCGAAACGGGAAUUUGAAGUUUCUGGGUUUCUGAAACGCUUCUGAGUUUCCGAAACGUGGAAACGUGACCCGUGGAGAGUUUCUGUGCUUCAUACGUUUUGGGUGCUUUAUUUUGAAUAAUGAUGAUGUUUUUUAAUGAAAGUGCACAGCUUACUACCCCAAUAACGAGUUUGUUUUAUACUACUAUCACAUUUUCCUUUUUUUUGGCAAAGAUUUUCUGUCAAAAAAAGCAAAGAUUUUGACGGUUAAUGAUAAAAAUAUUUUCAGGUGGUAAUAUAAUAUACAGAUUGAAUACAAUUUUUUGAAAGACUCGUAAAACUGUAAUAAUUUUCACCAAAAUAUAUUAUUUAAAAUUAUUGGUUAAAUUAAAAUACAUUGAUCGUCAGAUUAAACCAAUGCAAACUUUUGUAAUUAAGAAGUACUACGUAAAAAUCAAGAGCACAAAAGAUUUAAACGAUUCCAUCCCCAUUUAGCUCAAUAGGUGUGCCAAACACAAAACUUCAAUGAUUUUAACCAAUGUUCCAAAAAGCAUCGGCCCUGGCCCAGCCCAUAUUAAAAAAAAUGUAUAUGUUUAGUGUGUAAAAAAUUCCAUGUAAAAAAUUUUCAAAAAUAUAUUCUUUGUACCGUCACAUUGCCCUAGGUCCGCCCCUAUUUAGUAAUGUUGUGUUUGUGUAUGUAUAAAAAUACACACACAUAGACAUUAACAUGUAUGAAAGAUAGAGUUGUCACGCUUAAUAACAUACUGUAAUAUACUACCUACUCACACAACUUCAUUAUGUAUUAAAAUGUUACUAGCUAGUAUUAAAUAAUAAUAAUAACAUUUAGUUAAUAUUGUAUACAAACAUGUACGAAGUAUAUUUUUUUUCCAUCUUAAUCUACCACUAGUAGCUCACCCGUGCGAUGCACGACAAAAAGCUUAAAUACAUAUAAUUAAAUAAACAUUUUCAAAAAAACAUAUUGUUGCAUCAAUUAAAAUAAUUAAAGUUGAAUAACAAACAUUAGCUCUACAAAUUCGCAGUUUGUGUUGUGCUUUCACUAGUAGAAAAAUGGCUUACAGUGACACUUUUAUAGUGACACUUUCUGAUAAAAUGCUACUUCUAACAUAAAAGUGUCGCUAUUUUGUAACAAAAAUAGAUGAGCAUGAAGUAGUGACACUCGACAUUUUUUACGGAGUAUAUUUGUAAACGCGCGUCCCUAUUCAUUACUUAUGGGACAGCCCUUAGAGUUUAUUCUACGGAGUAAGACACUUGCUCUUUUUUCCUCUUUCGUUUCAGCUUUCCUUUUGUGAACCUAGGUCUCCAACUCCUCGAUCGAUCGUCGGCUUUUCUUGGUCAUGCUCGUGACUACAUCUGCUCUACAAUCUACUUUCUUUAACAUAUUGAGCGAGGCUUCUGUAACCCCCUUGUAAAAGCUUGGCUAAUUGUAACGGCGAGGGGCGAUAGGUCACGUAGGGUUAGCAACCGGAAUUACAGGCCUAUGCCGCACGAUGAAUCGCUUGGUAACAUGGUUUUGUUGUUUUUUAUUCUUAAUCUUGCUAUUUAUUAGUCGGAAUCUACUACCAAUCUUAUUUUCAACGUUCGAUUUGAGAUUGGAAGGACGUUUUAUGGCAAAAAAACCCAAGAAACGAGGCUUUUCAAUCGCGUUUGUACUGUUCCAUGUAGAUUUUGAUUUGGUCUCGACUUUAAGAAAUUGUUGAGUGUUUCUAGUUUUUAAGAGCUUUUUGGGACUCGCCGUAUCAGGUAGAAGCUUUAUGUCUCCUUCGUCAAAGGUGGGGGUGGAAUAAGGCUGGAGUUCUGUUGUCGGUUUGGGCGCUUACUGUUCACCUACGACAAUGGGUUCUAGCUCCUUUGUUCACAUAAAUCUUCAACUCAGCAAUACUGGUCUGGGACUCGCUAAGUCCAGACGACACAAUGGGUUUAUCCCCAAUCUGACUUUGGGAAUGAGAGCUGAUACCUGCAAUUAAACCUGCGUGGAAGUAACUUUGCUUUGAAACCCAGGUCUGAUUUCUGGUUGCUGUUGCGCAUCCACAAAGUUUCUGUCUUUUCAAAUUCUAAUGUAAAUACCUAGUAUUUUAUUUGCUUCACUUAACCUUGAAUGUGAAAAUGCACUUCUUUUACAUUAGUCUGUACCAAUGUUCUAAAAAUCGGCUUCAAAAUCGGACCUCCGACUUAUCCGGCGCCUAAAGCCCAUAGUCGGCCGACUUUGUAAUUAAUCGGCGAUUUAGCUCAAGACUCGUUUUAGUCGAUGCCUAUAUUUUAACUUUUUAAUACGGAGUAUGUUGCUCAAUCCCCACCUCAGUUUCGCCAUGUUCUUUCGCUCAAGAUUUCUAACGCGCCUUUCUCCCACCCAUCUUCUGUGAAGCUUCAAGUCUGACGUUUAGAAUAACAGUCGCCCACCAAUCGGCCGUUUUCAAUCUCACCAGCAGCCAACUCCAGGAAACAAAGAUCGCAAUUUCCUUCUCUGAGAUUGGAAUAAAAGGCUCAUUUUGAAGAUUUUGUGCUACACGGCUUGGGACAACGGCUUUCUUAUUCAACUUACAGUCAAAAAGUAUAUAUGAUGUGUAGCGGUGAUUUUCUUCUGUCAAAAGGUUUUAUUUCAGCACCAGGAGGGUUCGAGCCAGCGGCGUUACCUUUGGCUCCUGCAAAAAUGACCAUUAUCUGGUUAAGUUUAAGACUUUAAGUUAAUGUUAAUUAAACUUACUAAAACCUCUAAUAAGUUUUUUUAAACUAACACUUUCUUUUUAAAAAAACUCACUCAAACCUCUCACUUGCUAAUUUAUUGAUAAUAUGAUCACUGAAUAUACUUUUGAAAAGUCAUUUAUGCUGGUUUUGUACUUCCUAGUAUUAAACUAUUAAGGAAUGGAUUUUAUGUCCAAUGCUAGUUUUUCGAAUCCUUGCUUAAUUGGCUGAAUUUUUGAAUUGUGUUUACCGUUGAUGUUUUUUGGGAUGACAUUCUUUUCUUGAACUUGUUAGGUUCGUUGCUUGUUGAGCUCUUUAAUGGAAGCUCCCAUUGUUUUAUAGUAUAUAUUAAUCAUUAGUUAUAGAAGCUGUUUUUUUAUAAAACUCCAUGUGGCUUGAAUUAUUUUUACUGCAUACACUAAUACACAUGGGUGAAUGACUGGUUGAGGAAGAAAAAUCCUUCCACCCGAGUUGCCGAUUAAUUACCGAAUAGUCGCCGAUUAGUCGGCCUACGCGCUAAGCGGCCCUCUGCCGCCCGACUAGCGCCUAGCGACUUUUAGAACAUUGGUCUGUACUCUGUAGUCAUCUUUGAACAGAUGCAUGAGAAAGAAAUUGCUGGUAAAAGAUAAUCAACGUUUUUCCUUAUGAUGGUAGAUUGAGGUGGUGAAAAAAGGUACUAGAAGGAUUAACCAGUAAGUUACUGGCAGUAACAAGGGUCGGUCCCCUGAUUUUUUCUCUCAUUUGACAGCAUUAGUUAUGUAUGCCUUAUGUUCCAACAGCUAAUGUAUGUGGAGUCGUUUAGGUGGCAGGGCAGCGGGCGAGGAUGGAAUGGCUGGCUAGCUUCUCGGUGUUGUUUAAGAUCUCAAAAUAUCUCCACCUCCCCCAAUCGCCACCAUACAUUUGGAAACUGGAAAAAAUCUCCAUUUCACAUUUGGAUGGGUAUUGUAUACACAUUUUCUUUCAUAUUUUCGCUUAUGCUUUUAAGGGAACAAGUUUUAUUAAUGUCUAAUCCAUCCAAGCAAAAUUCUGGAUUUUGUUCUUUCUCUUUAUGUCGACGGGUGUGAUGUUUUAUGCUCUUAGCAAUUUUCAAGGGAAGAAAAACCCAAGAACAGUUCGCCAGUCCGUGCUCUUCUUCUUGAUUCAAGUAAAGGAUGCCAAAGAAAUCAACAUACACAAGUUUUGUGUUCAAAUACUCCCUUUUGUUCAAUUUCUUACACAAAACUCAGUGAACAGGUUCAUACAUGAGAAGUGGUCUGGAGGGAGUGUAUUAUUUGGCCUAUACUUGACCUUAAAACUUCUCAGCUAUUUAGGAACUGGAAACUUUGUAAUCCUAACUUUUUAGUUCUGAUCUUGAAAUUAUAAAAAUAUUUUAUCGCACUACGCUUGUACAUAUGCCUUCAUUUUGCAUUCGAUAUUUUGACUCAUUCCAAAGAUGCUUAAAUAUUUGGAAUUUGAUGUAGUUGGCAUAUUCUCAUGAGGAAGAGAGCACCAAGGCAAGGAAGGCUCUUGCGAUCUGACUGCACCUCUUGAAGUUCAAUGUUUUUUUGAAGGAUGAAGCUGAAGCGUUGAUGAAAAAGGUGGAACUGCUUAAUAUUGAAAAGAUAUCAUUGACUCACAAGUCCCAGCAAAUCAACUUGUUGAUGAUGGCACAAGAUAAAAAGAUGGCAUUGUGUUAAACAUAUGGCUCCUUUUUAAUUGCAAAUGCUGCUGCUGAGAGGACUCGUUCUUAUGUCACUGGAAAGCAGCAUGUUGGUUAUGGAAUGGUUCGAGAUUUCCUGUCUGAAUACAAGGCUACACGAGAGAAGGCAAGGGAAGAGGAAAGAUUGGCAAGCAAGAAGGAAGCAGAAGAAAGAAGAAAACAAAAUUAAAGGAGAAAGAAUACGACAGGAUGUUUUGUCCAUCAGAGUAUUUUUGGUUUUGCAUAUGCCUAGAAUGCAAACUUUAACAACAAUGUAGCUUUGACAUUGAAAUGAAUUUUCUACUUUAAACGUUCAAUCUAUGUUUUGAGAUUUACACUACCGUUUAUGGAUUUAGUGAAUUUGAAUCGGA